CUAGUGUAAUCCUGUGUCAUUGUCUCUUAUUGGUGAAACUAGAGAAUGAGGCAGAAGUAGUAAAAAAUCUCAAAAAAAGAAAACAGUUGUGCUCAACUGUGUGAUUAGAACUGUGGAUUAAUACUUCUGAAAAAAGUAUGCUAUAUUAAUAAUAAGCAACACUCUUCUAAUGAUUGAAUGAAUGUCCAAUGUUAAAUGUUGUACACUGUUUUGGUGUACAGUAAUGUUCACUGUUCAGGGAAGCUAACUAGUCAAAUCAAGUAGUGAUUGUUCCCAGUUCUCGGCCCAUUUUCCUUGCCUAUUUUAAAAAAAAAUAAAUGAACAAUUAAAGAUGGGUGGUGCAUUAUCUUCAGCAGACGAUAUUAGCGAUUCAAGUUCUGACAGUUUACAGAACACAAAACAGAAUACAAAAUUGAAUAAAAAGGCGAAGAAUGCGUCGUCAACAGAUGUCAUUGAUGAUGGAAAGCCGAAAAUUUUACCUUUGGAAGAAUAUGCUGCCGAACUAAAAAGAAUGACAAGUGAAGUAGACUCGAUGGAUGAGGAUUCAGACGGUGGAGAGGGGUAUUAUUCUGGUGAAGACAAGCAAGAUAUUUUAAGUGGAGAUGAUCACCAUGAUUGUGGUUAUGAUCACGAUGAUGACGAUGAUAUUCAGUCAUUUAUUUUACCGUAUUCAAGCCGCCUUCAGUUGGCAAUUUCUUACAGUGAAGCUGACCAAGAAAUGCAAGUGAAUGUCAUCCGAGCGAAUGAUAUCCCAAGCGCCGAUUCUGGUGGACCUCCAGCCUAUCAGAUUUAUUUGUGCAUAUUACCGGAUAGUGAACACCAAUGGAAGAGUAAGCUACGGACAGCUCCAAAUCCUGAAUUUUUAGAACAAUGGAUAUUUAAAAUCCCUUUGCUCUCGAUACAUCAGUCAACACUGCUUUGUACAAUCAUUGGACAUUAUGGAGUCGGUAAAGAAUUCCCCUACGGUAACGCCAUUUUGCCAAUGGAAAAGUUAAAUCUGAACACAGAAAAUGUUCUCACAUUGCAUUUUGAACCGAAAUAUGUGCAUGCUGCAUAUCUGACUCCCUUACCAUCAACGAAAGUACAAAAAGAAACAGAUGAUUCCGAAGCACCUGAGAAUCUACAAAUCAUACCUGUCGACAGACCCACACUUUGUCCUGAGACUGAAAAUAUUACGACUUUGAACGUGCCAUUGCCAAAAGUUCUACUAUCCCUCCGAUUGAAUCCAGACACUGGUCGGCUAGAAUGCUGUCUACAACAAAUUACACUCGUGAAUUUACGAGUUGGAAAUAGAAUACCGAAGCGAAGUAUUUAUGUCAAAAUUGUAAUCCGUACUGAGGAGGAGGGACAGUUGGCUAAAACCCACAGUGGAUAUCAUGAAAAACAGUCAACAAUUCACAUGAAUGAAACAUUUGCCUUUGCUAUAAAACAUUAUCAAAUUGAUCAGAUAACACUGGAAGUGAAAUUGAUGAGAAGACGACCAAUCCGGAGAAAAGGUGCAACAAUUGGAACAUGUAAAAUAGGUAAAUUCAAUACAAGUGAAGAUGAAGUUGAACACUGGGAACAUGUGAUCGCAUCAAAAGAUCAGUGUAUCUCACAAUGGCAUAAAUUUUAUCCAAUCCCUUUAACUAUGCCACCAGAACGGUCAUCAGCAGUAUCAAAAACAAAGCAAAUUGAAACACCAAUGACAGAGUGAAUGCAUUUUUCACGUCAAUGACUGCUGAUGACUUUCGUGUGUGUGUGUGUAUGUGUGAUUGUUUGAAGUCAACAUUUCAU